UAAACGCCGUCAGCAAAAUUCUAAAACUUAGCCCUAAACCCUAGGGUUUAGGAUUUACCCUAUAGUUUAGGAUUUACCCAAGGGUUUAGAGUUUACCCAAGGAUUUAGGAUUUACCCAAGGAUUUAGAGUUUACCCAAAAGUUUAGGAUUUACCUAAAAAUUUAAGGUUUAGUUUUUAGGGUUUAAUGUUUAGGAUUUAAGGUUUAUUGUUUUGAUGACGGCGUUAACAAUGUUAGAAAAGGUUUGUACUACUUUUUAUUUAUUUUUACUUAAAAAAAUAUAUGAUAUAAUUUGGCAAAUUCUAUUAUUUUGUUUCUUUUUUUUCAACUACUGAAUAUGAGCUUGCAGACUUUUAUUGGUUGGUGAAUAAAUAAUAUUUCUAAGAAAUAUCAAAGUACGGAUCAAUAAUUUUUUUAUAAUUAAAUUAUUGGUCACUAAUAAUAGUAUUUUUACGUCACUUCUAAUUAAUAUUAAUAUUAUUUUAUAAUUUAAUAUUUUUACUAUUUAAUAAUGCAUAGAUAAAUUUUAAACAGUUUCAGUUCUAAAACAGUUAUCAAUCAUCAAUUUUAUAAAAUUUACGUAAAACAAUAAUAAUAAAUGCAGGUGCAUUAUUGAACAAAUUUGUUUGUUCUGAGCCUCGAGAGGAUCCGACUAGCGCCUAAUGACCGUCAGGUUACUCUUUUUCAUUUCAUAUCAUUGAAACUUAUUUGAGAUUAAUAUAAAUAAAAUCUUAAAACGAUAAAUAAAAUUUUAAAACUAAAUUUCCUCAUUUAUACAAAAUAUUUACCAUGAAAGUAAAAAUAGUAAGUUGCAAUUGAUUAAAUAAAAAAAAUUAAUCUAAAAUUAAGAUAAUAAUUUACAUGUGAAAAAAUAUGAAAAAAAAAUUAAAAGUAUAUUAUCCGCGCGUAGCGCGGAAAAACGAUCUAGUCAAUAUAAUUUUAGUUUAAGAAGAGAUAUACAUGAAACAUUUAAUACAUGGUGUGUAUUAAUUAUCUUUAAGAAAUAUUAAACCAAAAUUUAUUAGAUUCUAAAGAAGAUAACAAUAGACAAUCGCAUAGAAUCUGGUAAAUAAAAUCUAUGAAACAUAUCUUGACUUGUUUUCGAUUUUAACUUUGUUUUUAAUGGAAAAAAACUAAAUUAGUUAGUAUAUAUUCAAACACACAAUUAGUAAAACAAUUUUCUUACAUUGAUUUCAUUAGCUUUCUCUCACAAAUUUCAUUCCUUAAAUCUCAUUCUCUACUCUUUUUUUUUUUGUUCUUACAACUCGAAUUUUCGUUUCCAAUUAUAAUGAAGAGUGGUGAAGAUGAUCACUAUCCUUUGCGCAUGAAAAUAGAUUGGUCUGAUAAAGUGACCAAAACUUUAGAGGAAGCUAUGCUUAAAGCAAAGUCGUCUUGUAUUCACAAAUUUGAUCUUAAUAAACUUCCUCCUUCUGAUACAGAUGAUGAAGAGCAGGAUGAAGCAAAGAGAAGAGACCAUAAAGUUUCUAGUGGAGCUCCCUCUAGGUUUUGUAAUAAUUUUGACCUUAACAAGUCUCCAAAGGAAGAGCCACCAAACCACGACGGUCACAAGGUAACUCAGAACUUGCUAAAUCCUAAACCUCUCAAGAAAAGGGGAAGAGGUAAUAGUGGUAGGUUGAAUAAAGCAAAGAAGCAAAGAGUCGAUGUUGUUCUGGAAGUAAAAGACGCGAUACUCAUCUUUGAGAAGACUUUACUUGUGAGUGAUGUUAAUCCAAAUCAAAGCCGUUUGUUAAUCCCUUUCAAAACGCUAAAGAGAAACAACUUCUUGACUCAAGAGGAAUCGAGUUUCUUAGUACAAGAUGAAAACAAGAAGGGGAAGAAGCCUGGAGUGGAAGCCUUUCUCGUGAACGAAAGGUCUCAAACGUGGAGUUUGGUUUUCAAGAGAUGGGUGAUGAAGAAGGAGAAGGACUCUCAAAACGGUUCGUUGCACUACGUUUUGAACCGUGGCUGGAACGACAUCGUUAAGGACAAUAAGUUGGAAGCCAACGAUAAGAUCAGUCUCUGGUCUUUUAGGUCCGAUGGAGUUCUUUGCUUUUCCCUUGUUACUCAUCCUUCCACCAUUAGCUCAUAGUAGCUCUUGUGCUAUCUCAUGAUUGUCGUUCUCUCUUUUUUUUGUAGGUGGUAAAUUUUGGUUUUUCUUUACGUUUAACUAGUAAGGUUUGACAUUAUUUGUUGGGUUUUUUUGGUUCACAUUUUUGUUUCAAUUCUUCUUGAUUGUUGGUGCCUAUAUGUCUAUUUGUUGUUUCUGCUUCCGUAGACAUGAAUCUAUGUUUUUUUUUUGUUUCGUUUUCAGAGUGAAUGAUCAUACAAAGGGAAACCCUCUUAAUAAAGUUUUUUAACUAAAGAAGCUGCUAAGGGAAACAACUAGCUAGCUAGCUAGAUUGAUCAAUCAUCACUCUAAACUUUUAGUAUGUUUUCUGUUCUUGUUAUUUGCAAUUACAUUCUUAAGAUUACUCUUUUAAAGAUUGAAGAGUUUUCUCUAAUCAUAGGAUAAAAUAAUUAUAAAUGCAUAUACAUACACGCUUUUUAGACUGAAUUCUCUAAAUAUCCAUUAAUUUAUCGUACA